AUGUUGCGUCGUUCCCUGGCCACCACCAUCAACCGGAGAGCCGCAGUAAUACCAGCAAGAGCAGCACCGGUAGCGCACAGUUGCCGAUCGCCAUCGCAGCUCUUAGCGCCAUUCUCCCACGCUACCCGCACAACCAAAACACCCAACCCACCUCAAGCCCCCUCCUCCUCCUCCUCCUCCACCCACCCACAAUUGAAAGCCAAACCCCUCAACACACCGAAUGUCCCACCGCUCAACACCGCCAAGCUCCGUCGGAACCUCUCCCCCUCGCAGCUCUACGAAGACGCACUCCGCUACGAGCCCGGCACCUCGAUCUCGUCCUCGGGCGCCCUGAUCGCCCACUCCGGCAAGAAAACCGGCAGAUCCCCGCGCGACAAGCGCAUCGUCGAAGAGGCCUCCACCGUCGACGAUGUCUGGUGGGGCCCGGUCAACAAGAAGCUCUCCGAAGACUCCUUCUCUGUCAACUACGAGCGCGCCGCCAACUACUUGAAUGCCCGCGAGCGGCUCUACGUCUUUGACGGGUUCGCCGGGUGGGAUCCCAGGUACAGAAUCAAGGUGCGCGUUGUUUGUGCGCGCGCAUACCACGCCUUGUUCAUGAACAACAUGCUGAUUCGCCCGACGGAGCAGGAGCUGGCGGAGUUUGGCGAGCCGGACUUCACCAUCGUCAAUGCUGGCCAGCUCCCGGCUAGCCGGCUCACCGAGGGAAUGACCAGCCCGACUAGCGUGGCGAUUAGCUUUGAGCGCAAGCAGAUGGUGAUCCUGGGCACGGAGUACGCCGGCGAGAUGAAGAAGGGCGUGUUCACGGUGGUGCACUACUUGAUGCCCAAGGCCGGCGCCCUAUCCCUGCACUCCUCGUGCAAUGAGGGCCCUGACGGCGACGUCUCCUUGUUUUUCGGUCUCUCGGGCACCGGCAAAACCACCCUGUCGGCGGAUCCCCAGCGGCUGCUUAUCGGCGACGACGAGCAUGUGUGGACGGAAACCGGCGUGUUCAAUAUCGAGGGCGGGUGCUACGCCAAGACCGUGGAUUUGUCGGCCGAGAAGGAGCCCGAGAUCUUCAACGCGAUCCGCUUCGGCGCCGUGCUCGAGAAUGUCAUUUACGAUGAGCGCACGCGCGUCGUCGACUACUCGGACAAGUCCAUCACGGAGAACACCCGCUGCGCUUACCCGAUCGAGUUCAUCCCCAACGCCAAGCUGCCAUGCAUUGGUGGCAAGCCAAAUAACAUUGUGCUUUUGACUUGCGACGCCUUUGGUGUGCUGCCCCCGGUGGCUAAGCUGACCCCGGCGCAGGCCAUGUACCAUUUCAUCUCGGGUUACACUGCCAAGAUUGCCGGUACUGAGGAGGGCGUCACUGAGCCUGAGGCCACUUUCUCUGCGUGCUUCGGCCAGCCCUUCCUUGUCUGGCACCCGGUCAAGUACGCGCAGAUGCUGGCGCAGAAGAUGCGGGAGAACAACGUCAACGUCUGGUUGGUCAACACCGGAUGGAACGGCGGCGCCUAUGGCGUGGGUAAGCGGAUUUCGCUCAAGUACUCACGCGCCAUCAUUGACUCGAUCCACUCAGACGAGCUGCAGGGCGCGGAGUACACGAACUAUGGCGUUUUCAAUUUGCAGAUCCCCACGACUGUCGAGGGCGUGCCAAAAAAGGUCUUGGACCCGAAGCGGGCCUGGAAGGGUACCGAGGAGGAGUUCACCGCUACUAUUUCUAAGCUUGCAGGUUUGUUCCAGAAUAACUUCAAGGAGUACGCUGAUCAGGCUACUGCUGAUAUCAUUGCUGCAGGUCCUAGGUGUUAA